UUGAAAUAAUUCUCGGUAGUGGCCGUCGGAUGGUCGACGGUAGGCGGUAGUCCACUGAAUAAUGGCUGAGAACAAUGGCAAAUCGUUGUGACUCCGUCGUUUAGCAUUAAAAAAAAUUGUCAACAAAACCCAGAUAAUCAAUCUACAGAGACCCAAGGACAGCCCAACACACCGUCGAUAAUAUGAUGGCAACUGCUGUUCAGGAGAAUGGCAUGAGACCACUAACGAAUGGCUCCUUCAAUCACGUCGAGAAGCAAGUAGAUAAUUUGCAAAACGGUGGAACAAUUAAUGAGACUGAGACCCCCAAUAGCUCUCCACCAGGCAUGCCAGUUGAUGAGAGUGAUGCACCCAGGGAGAUUGAUAUUGUCAUACGUAAUGUUGUCUGCAGCUUUAGCGUUCGAUGUCACUUGAACUUGAGAGAAAUAGCCCUGAGGGGUGCCAACGUGGAGUACAAAAGAGAGCAUGGGAUGAUCACAAUGAAACUUCGAAAUCCCUCGACGACAGCAUCAAUCUGGUCAUCAGGCAAAAUAUCGUGCACUGGAGCUGAGAGUGAGGCUGAUGCCAAAAAAGCAGCGAGGAGAAUAGCUAGAUGUUUAGCUAAACUAGGUUUCAAUGUUAGAUUUAGUAAUUUUCGAGUUGUCAAUGUACUUGGCACGUGUCUCAUGCCGUGGGACAUCAGAAUCACUCCAUUUUCAGCUGCCCACAGAGAUCAUGCAGAUUAUGAGCCAGAAUUGCAUCCUGGAGUGACGUAUAAACUGACAGAUCCCAAAGCAACUCUCAAAAUAUUUUCCACCGGCAAUGUGACAAUAACAGCAUCGAGUGUCGCUUUGGUUGCCAGUGCUGUUGAAAAAAUAUUCCCUCUAGUCCAGGAAUUUCGUAAGCCCCGUACCCAGGAGGAACUAGCGGCAAGAAAACGCAAAGGAAUUAAACGUCCUCGCAGCACAUUUAUAGACGACGAGGAUCCAGUCGAGGAGCCAAUUGUCUCAGAAAUCGAGGACGAUGAGGAAAUGGCCCUCGACAGCGAUGGAGACUGGGACUGAAUCAUUAAUCCAGUGAAUCCCCCUAUUUUCGAUAAAAUGGUCUCGAAUGGACAAAUAAACAUGUUUUUUCUCUAGUGAAGUGACGAGAGAAAAUGUUGUGAUGAAGGAAAAUUGAGAAAUCGAAACAACCAAAUAAUUAUCUCCAGUGAAAAUUGAUUUUUUCGAAUUUUUCAAUUAUUCGUUGUCAUUAAUAAUUGAAUUGUGAAGUGAAAAAUCUAGGUUUGAUUUUUCUUUGGUGAAGUCUGAAGAUAUUUCCACCGACAACUGGGAGAGGAACAUGUUUGCAAAGAUUGGAAUAAUUAUUGUAAUUAUUUAAACAUUAAGUGAAAUAUCAUUGACAGAGCAUUGUUUAUGUUCACAGUUUCAUGCUAGCAAUACGAAACCCCUUUAUUAUCGUUUAUCAUAACAGUUUUUUUCUUUUUUUGUUUGGUGUAGUCCAGUGGAAAUUAGAAAGUGGAACAAUAGAAUGAGUUUUUCUUCAUUAGUUUUUUGCAAAUAUCUCCUGAUCCAAGGGGUAUAGCGAAAUUUUUGUUAUUAUCUUAUUCCUGAGGAACUUCAAGAAUUACAAGAAAGUUCUUAUAAAAAAUUUCAUAUCUCUCUUAGGUUUGGAGAUAUUUCGUGAAGACUAAUUGUGAAGUUCACAGGACUCAUCCUGUUUUGGGUUGAAGUUCACGAAUUAUGAGGUGAAAAAUUAUGUGUGUACUGAAAUUCUGGAGAGAGAUUUAUUUUGGAAUAUUCGUCGACACUUGUACUGCUUGCAACUAUUCAAUUUUCGCUUUUGUUUCGUUUAUAUUUUUCUUUUUUUUUACUUAAUGUACUGUGCCAAAGAUGGAUGUUCAAAAUUUGAGGGGCAUAUUAGCAAACUUGUCAUAAUUUUUCUAUUAUUCCCACAAUCAGUGAUUUUCAUUAUUUUUUUUUCACUGGCUUUCAAUUAUUUUUAUU